AUGUUUUUUUGGGCAAACGGCAUGUGUGGCUGCCGUCCCGGCUACUCUGGCACAGGCAUCAACUGUACUGCAUGCUCACGCAACAGCUUCAACAGCCAGUACAACCAAUCCGCAUGCCAGCACUGCCCAGCGAACAGCACCUCCGCACAGGCAAGCACUUCUCAAGAUGCUUGCCAAUGCCGCUACGGCGCUCUAUUCCCUACCGACAGCCCGAACGCCGAGGCCAAGUGCCACUGCCCCAGAAGGGAAGCGCUGAGCGUGGCCGAUGGCGAUGGGCAAUGCAUCUCCUGUAGCAAGCAUCACCUGCAGUGCCCUGAGCCCGGGGCCGUGGUCAGCGAUGCCGCUGUGGAGCCGGGCUUUUGGCGGCCGAAGGGCUCCGAAAAAGUCUACCAGUGUCUGGAUGCUGAACGCUGCAGCAACUCCAGCUGCGCACCAGGAUACGCAGGGCAGCUCUGCGCAGAGUGCGCUGACAUGCACCGAUCCAGUGGCAAGCGCUGCGUGAAAUGCAGCGACGUCCCACUGAAGCAGCGGAUGCCUGUCAUUGCCAGCGUCGCCAGCGCCGCGCUGGCCGUCAUGGGCGUCCUAGCCGUUUGGAGGUACCGCUCUGGCUCUGGUAGUGUCCCUUGGAGCUUGCGCGCGCAGUGCGUGUUUCGCUUGCUGAUCUUGGAACUGCCAAUGCUGCUGCAGCUGGUGCAACUAUGGGUGGUGCUUGGCCGUUUAGCAAACACGCAGGUGACGGCCAUGGUGACAGCCAAGAAGGAGAAGUGCUUGGGUGAUGUGCUGGUAUCAUAUUUGCAAGCACUUCUGCUCACCAGCGCUGAGAUCCAAAACUUUGCAUCCCUGCAAUGUCUCUUCGACCCCACCACGGUGCGCGCCGUCUUCGCCGUCGCCACGCCGGUGCUUCCGAUGCUGCUUCUCAUCACCUGUGGCUUCGUGGACGUGGCCCGUCCCGGCACGGGCAUUCGUGUAGGCCUCAAACUCCUGACGCUCCUCUACAUCGGUGGCGCGUCUGGCACAGCACAGCUGUUGGAAUGCCAAGAGGUGGACGGCGGAGGCAAAGUCUCCUUGGACUUCCCAUUCCGUCCACAGUUUCCACAUUGGCUCUGCAAAGACGCGCUCUGGGUCAAUUGGAUCGGCUGGAGCAGCGCCGUCUGCUACGGUCUUAUGAUCCCGUGCUGCUUGGCAUACCUUUUUGCCAAGCAGCGUGUCGUGAUGCGCCAGAGCGACACCUUCAUGAUGCCAGCUAUCAAGCGCGAAGGGAAAUGGAUUUUGACUUCCCAAGAACUCAUGUCAAAACAAGGCUCUAAGCAACUCAAGGAUGAGAAGCUCCUAUUGGCAGCUGCAGUAGCAAAUGUGGCAGCGCUUGCAAAGGGCAAGGCCUUUGUGGAGCUACGCGAGGGCACAGCGAUCGUGUCUUUUGCUGACGCAGGGAAUGUGGAUGAAGGGUUUUCGGUGGAAUCCAUCGUCUUCGAUGCUGCGGAGACCGAAACACUUCGCUACCGCUCAUUGACAGAGAUGCUGAUCGAACGCAGCAAGUUGGAAGACCUUGAUGAUCGUGUGAUGCUGGGUGCAAAGGAUCUCUUUUGCAAGUAUGCCAAGUGCCAAAACGUGUGGGUCGAAGUCUGUUCGAAGGUCGCAGCAGUCGCCUUGGUCUCAGUGGUGAAUUCCAAAGACGGACUCUGGCUUUCCAUUGCCAUCACCCUUGGCAUGGCCUUGGCGAUUGGUCUGGUGCGGCCCUUUGCGCAGCCGCAGGCCAAUGCUCUGCAGACCUUGGGCUUCGCAAGUUUGGCUCUCGCUGCGGUGGGCUUCCGCUACCACAACGGCCUCUCAAGUCUGGCGUUGGCGCUGCCUUUCGUGCUGCUCAUGGCCCAAGUCUUUAGACCUGAUAGCCGCGAAGCUGUCGCACUGAGGAUGCAGCAGGAGUUGCAGGAGAAGAUGCCGCUGGACGGACCUGUGGAGCUUUGCGCCGACGAGGUGCACUUCAUCUGA